AUGCAGACACUCACCACACUCAUUCUCUCCUGGAACGAAAUCGGUGCUCAUGGUGCACAAUAUCUGGUUGAUGCAUUACUAUGCAACACGACACUCAAUACACUAGAUCUUUACAACAAUCAAAUCGGCACUCUUGUAGCACAACAUCUGGGUGAUGCAUUACGAAAUAACACGACUCUCACCAUACUGGAUCUGGGAUACAAUCUAACUAGAGGCAAACAGAAACUUUUUGUAUAG